ACCAGCGGAGGAUGCGCGCGCAGCCCCUCCUUCGCCCUCCCUACCCGGAAGUUUCUGCUGGGCAACUGAAAAGCUGAGUCCAAGUUUCUGGCCGGGAUCGGAGCGAGGGUCCGCGCAGUGAGAAACCCCAGCACCCACGCCUUUUCCUCAGGCUGUUGUCAAGAUGGAGUGUCUAAUCCAGUAAUCCAAGGACCAGACCCUGUGUCCACAAAGCAUGAUCUCCUUCUGUCCAGUCUGUGGCAAAAGUGUCAAGGUGUCAUUCAAGUUCUGCCCUUAUUGUGGCAAUGCCCUGCCUGUAGAGGAAGAUGGAAGCAUCCAGACUGGCAGUACGCCUCUUGUGUCAUCCUUUCGAGGCUCCAGGAGAGACCUGAACUCCAGUUCUGAAACCUCCCCCAAGAAAGUGAAGUGGUCACACACUGUCACUUCCCUCCCAUCCUCCCUCCAUUCUGACUGUGACAGUUCUGGAUCUGAUGACACCUUGAGUUCUCCUGACAGAGCCACAGGCACCUGGAGCAGACCCCUGACCCCCAAAGGCAGCCCAGUUUCCAACAGGCUGAGCCCUCGGACACUGAAGCGGACCCGGGUGACCACCUCACUCCAGGCUCUGCCCACAGGGACCGAGCUGACAGACCAGAAUGGGAAGCACUGGACACUCGGGACCCUGCAGGCCCGGGAUGACCAAGGCAUUCUCUAUGAAGCUGAGCCCACUUGUGUUGUCUCCUGUGAAUCAAGGACCCAGAAGUGGAGAUUCUCACUCAAACUGGACUCCAAGGAUGGGCGCCUUUUCAAUGAGCAGAACUUCUUUCAGAGAGCAGCCAAGCCUCUGCAAGUGAACAAGUGGAAGAAGCAGUGCUUGGUCCCUCUCCUCGCCAUCCCCACCUGUGUGGGCUUUGGCAUUCACCAGGACAAGUACAGGUUCCUAGUGUUCCCCUGCCUGGGUAGGAGCCUUCAGUCAGCCCUGGAUGACAACCCAAAGCAUGUGGUUUCAGAGAGAUGUGUGCUGCAGGUGGCCUGCAGGCUGCUGGAUGCUCUGGAGUAUCUCCAUGAAAACGAGUAUGUUCACGGAAACCUGACAGCUGAGAAUGUCUUUGUGAAUCCAGAGGAUCUGAGCCAGGUGACCCUGGUGGGCUAUGGCUUCACCUACCGAUACUGCCCAGGUGGCAAACACGUGGCCUACAAAGAAGGCAGCAGGAGUCCACACGACGGGGACCUGGAAUUCAUUAGCGUGGAUGUGCACAAGGGAUGCGGUGAGAGGGGCUCCACCAUGACAUGCCUCUUACAUGUUAUGGUCACACCCAUGGCCUCCACAUUCUUGAUCAUGGGGCCCUCCCGCCGCAGUGAUCUUCAGACCUUGGGGUACUGUAUGCUCAAGUGGCUUUAUGGGUCUUUGCCAUGGACAAACUGCCUUCCCAACACCGAAGAGAUAACUAGGCAGAAGCAGAAGUAUCUGGACAACCCUGAGCUCUUUGUGGGACUGUGUGGCCGCUGGAACAGGGCCUCAGAGACCCUGCAGGAGUACCUGAAGGUGGUGAUGGCCCUCGAUUACGAGGAGAGGCCGCCCUACACCACGCUGAGGAACAAUCUAGAAGCUCUGCUGCAAGAUAUUCGGGUGUCACCCUAUGACCCCCUGGACCUCCAGAUGGUGCCUUAGGUGGAAUCCAGAAUUUCUGACUUGCAGCUUGAAGUAGAACAUGAAGUAGUGUGACUCGAGGCCUGUUUGAACUCAGAGCUCCUGAAAGAAUCCCUUGAAUGCAUUCUCGCUGCUCCCUUAGGAAAUAGAAAUCAGCACUUGUGUUGGGGAACCUGAGUCAUGUCCCGUAAUGUGAAGCUCCUCCUGCUCCCUCAGCCUCUGCAGUUGAGGAUGGAAGUAAGUGGAUGCUGGCAGCUGCAGCAACCACUCCCUAGGACCUUCCUGCCUUGGGCAUUCCUGUGAUGGCAUAAUAAACUGUUUUUAAUCAAA